GAGGCAACAGCUGCAUCAACCAGCUCCACGGUCCAGCCAGCGGAACCAACCACCAAACUGUCUGCAACGGCAACCUAUCCCACCAUAGUACCCAGAGCUCUCUCUCGCGCGCUUUUUCCUCUUCUGUCCUUCAUUCUAUCUCUCUCUUUCGCUCUCUCUCACGGAGCUGAAUCAUGGAUGUCCCUAUCCAGUACCCCUGGUACCGCCGGGCCUUCUCCCACCGCAUGCCUGACCUGUACUCCGGAGAAGCUCUCCCAGACCUGGCCCUCGGCUGGCCCUUCACCUGGCCCUUACCCUGGAUGAGGACUUCCUUUCCACGAUGGCUCAACUGGGCCGAUGGUGGACACGCCGAGAUGCGCGCCGAGAAGGAUCGAUACAUGAUCAAUCUGGACGUGAAGCAUUUCUCUCCUGAGGAGAUUAAUGUCAACAUCAAUGGAGACUUCAUCAGAAUACAUGCCAGGCACGAGGAACGACAGCAGGAUGACCACGGCUUUGUGACGCGGGAGUUUGUGAGGAAGUACAAGCUUCCCGGGGGCGUGGGUAGCGGUGAUGUCACCUCGUCUCUGUCAUGUGACGGCGUGCUGACAAUCUACGCCCCCCGGGGCUUCGCUGGCCAGGAGCGAACCAUUCCCAUCACCUACGAGGAUGGGGCUGCACCACAGAAGAAGUAGAGCCCAUGCCCGCCUCUGACCCAGUCUGACCUCUGACCCCCCCCUGCUGCUUCCUGUCUGUCUCUGACUUCAAUCCGUGUUUGUUUACAACAGAAUCGGUGACAGCCAUAUGACUGAGGGCAGCUUUAGUUCAUAAGAGUUUCACCUAUUCUGUUCCUUCAGAUCUCCAAAAGCUUUUAUUGGGACGCAAACAUUUCCUAAUGAUUGAUAGACAAAACAAUGGUCCACCCAAUAUAGCAAGAACACAUUUGAAUUUGAUUGUUUCCACUUGAUGGGGAUGCAUCAAACCAAUCUCACAUCAAUCUAACUUUCAAAAUCAUAUGUCUAUCAAUCAAACUAAGAUUCUGAAUGUCUGCCAGUCUACAGCCAUAAAAUGUGUUUUAUGUCCAUUCUAGUGGCUUGACAUUGCAUGCUCUGGUCUGGUAAGUGGUCUAGUGUUUGACUAUAACUGGAUAUGGCCUGUGGGCUUUUGCAACCUUUGUUCUAAUUCUAAUCUACUUACGAAUCUAACCCCUGACACAAAGAAGAACACAUUUUCCUCAGAGCUGAACCCAUCACCAAUGCUGCCCUAUACUGACGGGGUUUAGGAAAAACUGUGUCGCAAGUUAUCACAAACCCAAGAGAUUGUAACACCUCUGAAAUCCCAGUACCACAGAACAACUUAGAACACUUACCAUACUGAUAGGCCCCCCAAAAAAUGCUCAUGUGACUGUGUGCGGUUGUUAUUCAAGUAGAUCGAUAUGUGCACCUGUUGGCAUGUAUUGUGGGUAUGCAUGUGAAUGUCAGGUGGGAGUCAGGUGGCUGAGCGGUGAGGGAAUCGGGCUAGUAAUCCGAAGGUUGCCAGUUCGUUUCCCGGUUGCCAACUGACGUUGUGUCCUUGGGCAAGGCACUUCACCCUACUUGCCUCGGGGGAAUGUCCCUGUACUUACUGUAAGUCGCUCUGGAUAAGAGCGUCUGCUAAAUGACUAAAUGUAAAUGUAAUGUACAUGAAUGUGUCUGCUGCUUGCCUGAAAAUCUGCAUUCCUGAGUGAGUGUGUUCACUUAAUCGACCAGGGACCACAUCAUGUUCUUCACUCCAGAAGAGGAGGGAGAAAGGGGGAGGGGAUCAAAGGUGGGAGAGCUUGGGGGGGGGGGGGGGGGGUAGCGGAGAAUAGGGCUGAGAAGGAGAGAGCGAGAGCUGGGGGGGGGGGGGAGGGAGGUUGGCAAAGCAAACAGACGCAGGUUUGUUGGGGAAUGGGUGAAAGACUGGGCUCCUGAAGGCUGUAACGGGGGGCUCAGAGCUGCUGAAAGCCUGGAAGCGUGUGAGAACGCGUGUGUGGAUGUGGGUAGGCAAACGUGCAUGGGUGUUUGUGCGCAUGUGGGCCGGGGCUCCUGUCAGGAACUGCGUUUGCUGAUUAAGGCUUCAUCAUUCCUUUGUAUCCAAGACAACCCUCUGCUGUAUUAACCCAUCAUUUCACAUGUUAACUGAGUAGUCAAUAGAAUAGACUAAGAAUAAAUGAUGAACCACAAAC